AUUAUCUUUUCAGUUUCCUUGAUCUUUCAUGCUCGUGUGUUUUACAAUAAUUUAAAUUAUAAUUUAUAUUAAUUGUCUUAAACUGUUGAUACUAAAUUACACAUUAGAAAACAAAACCAUAAUUUUUUUUUAUACACAUAAUAAAUAUUAGUUGACGUUAAUUUUAUUUUUUAAUUAAUAGUAUGUCAAGAUUUUUGAAUGGAAUAUUGAACAAAGUGCACAAAAGUGUUGUGAGUAUUGCCGUUGGAUUAACGGUGAUAUCUACUGGAGUAUUUAUGUUAAGAUCUUACGAAAUUCUCUUUGUACCAGUUGACCAAAGAGUUAAAGCUAGACAAGAAGUCAAUGAAUUGUUAAACAACGAGCAACUUCUACAAAACGAAGAAUAGGUAGAUUUAAAAUGCGGUUUUACAAGUAUUGCGAUCUUGUCAAUGCUAAUACUAACUAUGCAAAUCGGAUGAAGAUGCUUAGCAAUCGUAUUUUUGGUGAUGUUGUGCGGCCAACUAAUGAAAAAUCUAUGAGGGUAGUGAAGAUGUUUAGUGAAGAACCAUUAUACAAAAAAGAAAAUGUUAUAAACUAUUAUCCUCGACACAUAGAAACUGGAUUAUUAAUGAAAAAACUUCGAGAAUACGGUUUGUAUAGAGAUGAACAUCAAGACUUUAUCGAAGAAAUGAGAAGACUUAAAGCACUUAGAGGAAAAGUAUUUGUUAAAGGAGAGAAAAAAAGGAAAGCUAAGAGUAUUAUAUAAUUAUUUAGUCAUUCAAAAUAAAUUGCAUUCUUGUACUAAAAUUAAUGUGAUUUUAGAAUUGUCUAUUUAAUUAUGUUUUAACAAUUUUUCUUAGUAUAAUGUUUGUAGUUAUAUGUUAUUUAAAAUAUAAUUCAUUAAUUUAGUUGUA